UUUAGUGGCAAUCGAAAUCCAAAAGUCUUGCCUUUCUUAUAUAUCGCUGGUUAGUUGCUGGCUUCUUCGUCACGGGGGUAAUCAGUUGCAUAUACUUUUAUUUUUGGCGCGGCAGUUGGUUUAUUUACUUGACUAACUGGGGAUUUGUCAUGUGCGGCAUUACAAGUGCGUACAGUGCAAUACUGAUCACUUUUCAUCACUUUACAUCGGAUUUAUGGAUUCCUCCAAGCAUAGUGAUCAAAUUAUUCUGGGCCUGCUACUGGAUCACCAUAGUAGUGGAACUUACAAUUGGAAUCAUCUAUUGGGCUGCCAUUUUUCCCUUCCGGGAAGCCCACCAUCACGACAUGGAUGUACUUUCUGGAGUAUUUUGUGUUUGGACACAUGUAUUGCCGACCAUAGCCUUUACAUUCGAUAACUUAUUGACUGCCCUGCCGGCACGCUUCCUUCAUUUCAUAUACCCCAUAGGAUUUUGCAUUAUCUACACUGUUUUCACAAUAAUGUACUUUUUCUUGGGUGGUCUCGACGCAUACGGUCGACCAUAUAUAUAUCUUAUUCUAGACUAUGACAAGCCAUUAAGAGCGGCCGCUUCUAUAAUUCUUUCAUAUAUUCUAGUAAUAUUGCUGUCUAGCCUGCAGUAUGGGGUCUAUAGACUUAGAAUCUGCUGGGCUCGCAAGUACUUCAAUUCCCGCUGAAGUCAUUCGAGAUGGAAG